AUGGUCAAAACUGAGUCAGCAAUCGCAUUGAAGAACCACCACUUACCAUGUCCCAUCGAUGGAGACUUCUCCUCCCUCCACCUCCGCUUCCACUGCCCUAUAAAUACCACACGAGAUGGGUCAACCGCAAAGUAUCGACGAGCCGCCCAGCUUCAAUCACCCUCGCUUCCGUCUUUCCCUUCCUCCGCCAACGACAGCAACGUUCUGCUCACCGGCGACGCCCUCGGCGCCGACGAGCAGCUCUCCUACGGUGCCGCCACCUUCGUCAUGCAACGUGACUGCAACCUCGUCCACCACGUCGAAGGCCGCCGCGUUUUCCAGUCCUACACACGCGGCCAUGGCGUCAGCCGCACCCUCUCGCUCACCGACUGCGGCCAGCUCGUCAUCACCAGCUCCCUCGGCAGCUCCAUCGUGUGGCGCUCCCCGUUCCUCCGCGGGGCCAACAGGGGGAAGUACGCGGCAGUGCUCCGACCCGACGGCGUGGUGGCUGACUAUUACUACAAGAACUAUUACGCGAGUGACGAUUACUACAAGAACUUGUGGAGCAGCAACAACGCCUCGAGCAUCGGAGACUAUGCGCUUCUUCUCCAGAUCAAUGGACAAGCUGUUGUCUAUGGACCAACGGUGUGGCUGACCACUUCCUCCCCAAAGAGCCUCCUCGACACCAUCUCUUCGUCCCCAGAGCCACCCAUCGCCACCUGA